ACACGCGAAGAAACACACCCUGUCUGUCUACUGUAUGAUACGCCUCCUACUCGGUGAGAAUUUGUCUAGUUUUACAAUUCGAAAUAGCUCUUUUCAGAAUAUGAGCGUGGCAUCUGUGACUUCGAAUAUUAAAAAAAAAUGAAGACCUGUCCUUCCGUCCUGCUUCAUUCCUGGAAAUGCUUAAAGUACUUCCAUGGAUCAUGCCUCCAUAACUCAGGCAUGACGAUUUUUCCUUUUAAAUGGGAAUGCUACUUUGCCAUUUUACUGGUGAAAUUCCAAGUGCCCACGCCACCAUGCUGCAAUUGCAUCCUAUCAUGGAUGCUAGACGUUUCUCUUCCUUCGCCAUGCACUUCAAUUCUUAUGGUAAAGGAGGGGGAAGACAGUCAAAGACAAAACUUAACAGCUUGAUGGGGAAAUGCUGUAGCCGAAGAGGCACUGUAAUGAUGUCAAAAAAGGAUCCACAGUUGCGGUCAUACAUUGAUGAGAAGGGGGAGGAGGGCUUAUGGAGUGUGAUUAUCCCCACAUACAACAGGCUGCCGAUAUUGAGCAAGUGUUUGAAGGCAGUGGAGGAACAGAGUAAUUACAGAGAGUCGGGUAUUAAGGAGUAUGAGGUAAUUGUAGUGGAUGAUGGCUCUACAGAUGGUACUCUCCAUUUUCUGUUGAGUGAUGAUGAAGGACACCUUUCCUGUGAAGAAUUUAUCAGCUCUAGCAAACGCUUUCCUCAUGUGAAGGUCCUGCAGCAGAAUCAUGGAGGUGCAGCAAGGGCUAGGAAUUUAGGCUUCUUGCAUUCCAGGGGCUCUGUCAUUGUGUUUAUUGAUUCGGAUAUGGUUGUCACCCCUGAUUUUCUGAAAGAUCACGCUCGGGAACUGUACCAAUGUUUUCUCACAGACGGGGAUGACGCAACUUUUACAUAUGGACGUGUUAUAAACACCCACAAUUUCGAAAAUCCACAGUCGGAGCCCUUCAAACUUACAGACUACUCUACAGCCUUUUUUGCUACUGGCAAUAUUGCAAUAUCUCGGAAGCGCUUGGCACAAGCAGCAGCUAUGCUUGGUGAACUGUCAGAGGGCCCCUUCGAUACAAAAUUCAGCGAGUAUGGGUGGGAAGAUUUGGAACUUGGAGUUCGGUUGAAGAAAGGAGGAGCAAAACUGAAGCAUGCACCUGCUGCAGUUGGAUACCACUGGCAUCCCGCGUUUAGCUAUGAUCAGCUUCCCAUGCAGAUUGAGCAGGAGAAGCAACGAGGUCGAAGUGCUGCAUAUUUCUAUCAAAAGCACCCUGUCUAUAGUGUGCGUUAUAUGAUACAAAUGACCCCCAUACAUCAAAUGUUAUGGUUCCUUCUCACAUUAGGUGGUACUAUAAAUGAGAAGACUCUUGAACCAUUUAUUAAAAUUUUGGUUGUUUUAGGACAACCUCAGCUUGCAAAGGCAUUGGUAUCGCCACUUCUCAACUGGUAUAGUGUUCAAGCAACAAAUGAAGCAAUUAAAAAAUUGAAAUGAAUAGAUAACUUAGGUUCAUUGUAAGCAUUGUCAUAUAUGGAACAUCCAAACUUAAUAAUCAAAAGGUAAGGGUGAUUCAUUCUUGGAACCAUAUGAGGUUCUUAUUAUUGUCAUUUUCCAUGUUCAAAUUAUUUAUAGUUGAAUCAAAUGGGAUCUUCCAUGACAUUAUAAUUGAUUGAUAUUUUUAUAUGCAUUGAAAUUGAAUAAUGUUUAGAGGUUGAGAAUUCUACUUU